AUGUAUAACAAUGCUAUGAAGAGAACAAUCGGUGAUAACAAUGCUGCGAAAAGAACAAUCGAUGAUAACAAUGCUGCGAAGAGAACAAUGGGUGAUAACAUUGCUGCGAAAAGAACAAUGGGUGAUAACAAUGCUGCGAAAAGAACAAUCGGUGAUAUCAAUGCUGCGAAAAGAACAAUGGGUGAUAACAAUGCUGCGAAAAGAACAAUCGAUGAUAACAAUGCUGCGAAAAGAACAAUCGGUGAUAUCAAUGCUGCGAAAAGAACAAUGGGUGAUAACAAUGCUGCGAAAAGAACAAUAGAUGAUAACAAUGCUGCGAAAAGAACAAUCGAUGAUAACAAUGCUGCGAAAAGAACAAUGGGUGAUAACAAUGCUAUGAAGAGAACAAUCGGUGAUAACAAUGCUGCGAAAAGAACAAUCGAUGAUAACAAUGCUGCGAAGAGAACAAUGGGUGAUAACAAUGCUGCGAAAAGAACAAUCGAUGAAAACAAUGCUGCGAAAAGAACAAUGGGUGAUAACAAUGCUGCGAAAAGAACAAUGGGUGAUAACAAUGCUAUGAAGAGAACAAUGGGUGAUAACAAUGCUGCGAAAAGAACAAUCGAUGAUAACAAUGCUGCGAAAAGAACAAUGGGUGAUAACAAUGCUGCGAAAAGAACAAUGGGUGAUAACAAUGCUAUGAAGAGAACAAUGGGUGAUAACAAUGCUGCGAAAAGAACAAUCGGUGAUAACAAUGCUGCGAAAAGAACAAUCGAUGAUAACAAUGCUGCGAAGAGAACAAUGGGUGAUAACAAUGCUGCGAAAAGAACAAUCGAUGAUAUCAAUGCUGCGAAAAGAACAAUGGGUGAUAACAAUGCUGCGAAAAGAACAAUCGAUGAAAACAAUGCUGCGAAAAGAACAAUCGGUGAUAUCAAUGCUGCGAAAAGAACAAUGGGUGAUAACAAUGCUGCGAAAAGAACAAUAGAUGAUAACAAUGCUGCGAAAAGAACAAUCGAUGAUAACAAUGCUGCGAAAAGAACAAUGGGUGAUAACAAUGCUAUGAAGAGAACAAUGGGUGAUAACAAUGCUAUGAAAAGAACAAUCGGUGAUAACAAUGCUAUGAAGAGAACAAUGGGUGAUAACAAUGCUGCGAAAAGAACAAUGGGUGAUAACAAUGCUGGUAAAAGAACAAUCGGUGAAAACAACGCUGCGAAAAAAACAAUCGAUGAUAACAAUGCUCUGUAA